GGAAUCGGAGCAACAGCAGCCAUGUAGUUUGUACUAUCAACGGAGGUUAUUAGAAAUAUUUGAUGGUCAACAGCAAAGCCAUCAUCAAGAUGUAGACAUGCAUGGCUGUCACGAAAACGUUCAACUGGCAGAGGAGGGUCACAAUGGUUCAAUAGUCACUCAGCAGUUGAACAAAACAGACCUGUGUCCACAAGAUCAAGAAUCGGAUCAAACGCAUACUGGUCAUGGGCAAAUGCAGAAGGAAGCAGAAAUAGAAUGUCAAACGGAGCUUGAGAGUCAACAAGAAAACUGCCAGCAAACGGCUGACAAUCAUGAAUAUCAGGAACAAGUUCGGCUACCAGAAGUGAGUCUUGAAGGUUUAAUGACUACACAACAGGACCAUGUGGACCAAUAUCAGCAAGAACUGUUUCAGAAAGAGGUUGAUAAGGAAGCAGAAAUGCAGUAUCAAAAUAAUUCGCUAGACGAAUAUCAUAGCGAUCAUCAUGAAGCAGACAACAGUGUAUAUCAACUGCCGGCAGAAACUCAUGAUGACCAAACAAGAAUGCAACAGCCGGGAAACAUGGAACAAAGUCAAGAGCAGAGUGAGACACAAACUAGACAGGAUAAGGAGGGAGAAACGCAGUUUCAAAAAGAAUCGUCAGAGGAUCUGCAGGAUCAACAACAAGACAAUCAGCGACAGGCGGAUAACCAUAAACAGCAUCUGCAACCAAAUGAGGGUCAUGAUGGUCCAAUGGUUACCCAACACUUGGACUAUGUAGACCAAUGUCAACAGGAACCGUUACCGGAGCAUCCGGGACAAGAACAUCUUAAAAAUGAAAGAGGAAUAGAGUAUAGAAAUAAAUCGCUAGAAGAGAUUGAGAAUCAUAGACACGGCAAUCAGGAAGAAACAGACAUUCAACAAUGUCAUGAACAACUUCAACUACAAGAGUCUGACAAUAGCAAAACGAGCAUUCAGCAUUCCGGGCACAUGGAACGUCCUUUUCAAGAACCGUGUCAAACACAAACUGUAUCGGAUCAUGUAAAGAUAGAUGGAGCAACGCAGUGUAAGAAGAAGCUACUAUCGGAGCUUGAGGAUCAACAAAAAGACAGCCAUCAAGCCAGGGAAGACACAGAUGAAUUUCAGGAACAAGUUCAGAUGACACAAGAGUGUCAAGAGAGCACAAUGGUGGCCCAACUGCCAGACCUAGAACCGUGUGAAACACAAACUGGAGAGGAACACAGAAAUAAGGGGAAAACAGAUGGGCAACAAGAAGACCAAUAUCAUAAUGAUGAAGAACCACGACGUAAAAGGAGAAGACUCAACGAAGAUCAGUCAAAGUGCGACCCAGAAGAAAUCAGUGCAUCCAUAAGAUUACGUCGAUUUGCUACGAUGGAGAAGCAAAAGAGGGCAUCAGAAGUUGAUGGUCUUAAAGCAAAUCACCAAAAAGGAGUCCUAAAGACAACCAAGUGGAGCAUAAUCAACAAACCAUGGACUACACUCAGUAAGGCGCAGCACGAUCGGCUGGAGGAAGUCUUCCAAGUCUGGAGAAACAGACGGGUGGAGAAGACAUUGAUCUUCCAACUAUCCGAGGAACUGAACCUCUCGGAAAGACAGGUAAAAAUGUGGUUUUACCACAGAAAAGAACGGGAUGCAAAGUCGAAGGAACUCCUUGCCAAGAAGGCCCCAGACGUGUUCAGAUGUUCGACUAGUCUCUUCGACACCGGUUGCCCAUUGGACCCCAUGGCUGCCCUGAGAACAAAUCCGAGACAGCUAAGUGUGGAAGACUGUGCAUUAGUUGUGCAACACUUGCAAUCGCAGCUUAAUAAGAUUAUGACUAGUCCUAAAUGAUGACAAAAAAGGGAUCUAGCUCAACUGACACAUGCGGUAGUAAGUAUCAAAGUUGAGGUGCUGGCUCACGCGAAACAAAGUGAAUGAGAAUGAUGGAGAAGAAAUGAUGUGUGCGUGCGUGUGUGUGUGUGUGUGUGUGUGCGCG